AUGAAGAGCGUGCACUUGGGCGCAUAUCGAUGCGCGCACACGGAACCGGACGCGAUGGACGUGACAAUGGAGGAACACGCGCGCGUGCUGCUGGACGACGUGCAUCACGCGAUGGGCGCGUGCCACGGCCCCACGAGCUCGUAUGCCACGCACGCACCUCUGCCUCCCAUCAGCCACGUGAGCGACAGGUUCGAGCGGCACGUGCCAGUGAGCGGGAGCUUCACGUUCGUGCGCGACGAGCGCGUGCUCCCAGCAGUCAGCAGUCUGUACGGCUUCAAGGAGCACGUAGACGCGUACACGCUCCCGCCGCUGCACGCGUACGGGCACGCGCCGCACACGGCACACUGUUUUGAUGCCUUUGAUGUGCCGCGCGCGGAAGUGCGCGCCUUUACGCACACGGAGGCCACAAACUCGCACACUUCUCCUGACACGCACGCACCUCUGCUGCCACAGUCUUCGGGUCACGCGCAGGGCGCACCCCCGGAGGAGAUCAACACGCGGGAGGUCGCGCAGCGCGUGACCGCGGAGCUGAAGCGCUACAGUAUCCCACAGGCCGUGUUCGCGGCGCGCGUGCUCUGCCGCUCUCAGGGCACGCUCUCAGACCUGCUACGGAACCCCAAACCCUGGUCCAAACUCAAGUCCGGACGCGAGACCUUCCGCCGCAUGUGGAAGUGGCUGCACGAGCCCGAGUUCCAACGCAUGAGCGCGCUCCGUCUGGCAGCCUGUAAGAGGAAGCAGAGUGAUGGUGAGCGGGGGAGCAGUGGCUCCAGUAAGAGGUCUCGGCUGGUGUUCAGUGAGGUGCAGCGGCGCACCCUGGUGGCCAUCUUCAGGGAGAACCCUCGUCCAUCUAAAGACCUGCAGAGCACCAUCUCCCAACAGCUGGGCCUCGAACCCUCAACCAUCUGCAACUUCUUCAUGAACGCCAGACGCAGAAGCCUGGACAAGUGGGAGGAGGAGGCGCAGUGUGGACAGGGACACCACAGAACCAAAGAGUCUUAG